AUGUUCUCCAUGUGCACCAAGGUAAAGUCACGGAGCUCGGAUGCGGACGGCUCCUUCAUGAUGCAGUCGCAGCAGUUGCAGCUGCAACAGCCCCAGGCGAUGGGAACUGGCGGGAAGCAAAUCAAAGGCGGCUACCUACUGCGUUAUAAAAAGCAAAUGUUCUGGAAUCGCUGGGCCGAGGAGUGGGUGGUGCUGUACGAUGACUCGACCAUGGCCUGGUUCACGGAGCCGGGACGCUCCUCACCGUCUGGCAAGAUCCUAGUAAAGGAGGCACCCGAAAUGCUGGCCAUUGCUCACUGGACCGGUCAGAUACCACGACGUCCGCCACUACCGGCUGGGGUAAAUGUCUCGCAGCUGAUUGCCCUCGGAUCCCAGCGGAAGCGAUCCAAAGUCUACUGGAUGCUGGCCAAGUCUGAGCAGGAGGUGGGUGACUGGAUCGAUGCAAUCACCAAGACCCUGCCGCCGCCGCCACAAAUCGAACUGGUGGUGGACAAGCCUCACUUGAUGAACGUGCUCCGGCGACCGCUAGUGCGCAUUAGACCUGCCACCCAAUCGGAGGUGAAACAGCGCAAGGCGGCGGCUCAUGGCAGCAGCAGCAGCGGAGCCAGCAGCAGCAAACACCAUCGCUGCACCACCUCGGCGAUGACCACAAUGCUUUUCAGGCAGACCCAAAAUCCGCUGGUGAAGAGCGACGCGGCCGUGGCCAUUCUCAGUAAGAAGCCGGACUCAAAGGCCUCGCUGGCCUGCGCCCUGCCCUGGGGCCAUGGCUGGGGAUGGGCCACGCUGCCGAAUGGUGUGUGGAGUGGCGGACUCACCUGGUCGCAGUGCGAGGACACCUUUACCCUGCACGCCCUGCCCACCACCCACUGCACCAAUCUUAUCGACACCUCGUGCAGCGGCGCCGUCUAUCACACAGAUAUCGGUGGCUUUGACUUCCACUCAUCGGGCGUGGACGACAUUGGGGGCGAGGACUUCGACUAUGCCAUGGACUGUGGCGAUUUCAUAUUUUAAACUCCCUCCAGGACAACAUAUUCAGGCGGAACAGGUGCUUCCGUGCAUCAAGGAGCUCAGUAACUGGUAAUUCCUUAAGAAUUAGUCCCGGAGUGUCAGGGAACGUUGCGUAUACGACCCGUUAUGCCCCCUUAAAUUCCUCAAGCUGUUAAACAGCAACAGCAGUUCCAAAUCAUUCCCCAUUUUUUUCUUUUUGUGUGUGCUAAAAUGUAUACCCAGCGGUUGCGGUUAAACCAUCCUAUUCAUCCACUGCCUGAAGAAAAUUCCUGGAAUUUGAUUUUUGGCAUAUGUAUAUGUUACAUAUGAAUCGAUUGCCAUUAUCCACGAACAAAUUAUACUAAUUCUUAGGAAGUUUUUUAUUUAUUUAUGUGUUUAUUUGGAAAGUGUCACCUUGGCCUUGGUUUUGACCGCAACAGCUAGCCGGUAUAUCUAUGUAUAUGUCUCGAUGUAAGCCAAUAUUUGAAUGUAUAACUUAAACCACACGCUCGUAAACCUCAAAGCCACAAAACAACCUGCAGUAUCAUACCCACCCAACCGCAACAUGUCAUCGCGGGCACCGUGUCAGCCACAGGUAUUUGAAAUGCGACAAAUAUUUUUGCAACGCGCAUAUAAGUAGGCUACAACAUAUUUUUGCAACAUAAAACGAAGACAUGAAAAACAUGACGAACAACGGCGAGAAUCUGAAAUACUUUUGAGUAUUUUGAUAGUUUUGUAAUUUAUAUUGAAUGCAAUUUUUAAAUGGAAACACUUUUUCAAAUUGUUUUGCCAUGAUUUUCUAGAAUUUUUGGAAACGAUAGUAUUAAACAAGUCCCUCGGAAACCUACCCUUUCCCCACUGAUGCCCCCACAAGCCAAACUCAUUUAUGUGUGCCAAUUUUUGAAAAAUUUAUACAUAUACAGCGCGCGCAAAUGAUGAAGGGUCACCCCAAAAAAUCAAUACAAGUUUAAUAUAAUUGUGCAAAAAUUGCGACAACAAAGAGCAGGGACAAGCCAGAGGAGAAACCAACGCAUAAUUUUAAUUGGAGUAUAGUGGUUUUUAUAUACACAGCAUGUUGGACAUAAAAUGACAGAGUAAACAGGAAAACCAGGUAAAAACAAGUAAUUAAUGAAGGAAAACUAACUCUAGAUGUAACCACACUCAUACACGUCUUCACACCCUUAGUGUUAAUGGUAGCUCUUAAGGCUUAAGUUUUCGAAACUAACUCACACACAGAUCGAUCAACCCCACCACCCGUACUGAUGUAAAGUUUAUAAAACAAAAUUAAGCGAAUCAACAAGCAAACAAAAAAGAAAAAA